UUUGCACGGUCCAUGAUAUCGUCGGUAUUGGAACAGAUUUUGCUUCCCCUGAUUUAGCCCCCCUUUAUUGACACUAACAGUCGAUGGUACACACUCAACCGUCAUGGCUACAACAACAACAGACCCUAGUAGUCGGCAUCCUGACACCACCGACACUACACAAUGCGACUCUUCUUCCUCACGGUCAAGCACCGUAGAUGUGCCCCUGGUCCCGACUAUGAGCUACGAUAUCAACUUGCCAAACCGGAUACUUUCGAAUACUGCCAACCUCGAUGAGUAUGUCGUUGAGACAAGAGAUGGCCAGAUACCAGGCCCAAUCGAGCCCGAUGGCGAACGACGCUACCGCCUUGUCACCUUCCAGCCAGGAGAUCCAGAAAACCCCAAGAACUGGAGCAAGGCGUUCAAGUGGUAUAUCACCAUGGUCGUGGCAGCGACCUGUUUCGUCGUCGCCUUCGCUUCUUCCGUCGUCACCCCUGACAUCGGCGGCGUGGCCGAGGAGUUCGAGGUCAGCGAAGAAGUCGCCCUUUUGAGUAUCACCCUCUUCGUCGUCGGUUUUGGUAUUGGGCCUCUGGCUUUCGCCCCCUUGUCUGAGGUUUACGGUCGCCAAGUUAUCUAUGUUUCGACUCUGUUUGUCGCUGUAGUGUUCAUCAUCCCUUGCGCACUAGCGAAGAACAUCGCGACGCUUCUGGUUGGACGAGCUAUUGAUGGCAUCGCCUUCUCUGCUCCUAUUACUAUUAUCGGCGGCACCCUUGCUGAUCUGUGGAAGGCUGAGGAACGGGGUAUUCCCAUGGCUGCCUUCUCAGCUGCUCCUUUCAUCGGGCCUGCGGUCGGUCCCCUCGUUGGUGGCUUCCUCUCUGAUGCACUUGGUUGGCGAUGGCUGUACUGGCUCACGCUUAUCCUUUCUGGGGUCAUCUGGGUUCUCAUCACGUUCACCAUCCCCGAGACCUACGCCCCCACCAUCCUCGCCCGACGGGCCAAGAAGUUGCGCAAGGAAACUGGCGAGCAAGACUGGGUCACAGAACAGGAUCUCGACAUGCGUCCGCUUGCUGAGCGCAUACGCAUCUUCCUGAUCAUGCCCCUGAAGCUCCUCUUCGGCGAGCUCAUCGUCUUCCUCAUUUCGCUGUACAUGUCAGUGCUCUACGGCCUCCUGUACAUGUUCUUCAUCGCGUUUCCCAUCGUCUUCAGCGAAGGAAAGGGGUAUUCAGCUGGUAUCACCGGUCUGACCUUCAUCCCCCUCGCUCUCGGCGUCGUAGGCUCUGCUCUCUGCGCCCCCUUCGUCAACAAGCACUACGUUAAAAUCAUCGCGCCGUACGCAGGCCGUAUGCCCCCCGCCGAACUGCGCCUCAUCCCAAUGAUGUUCGCAUGUUGGUUCAUCCCGCUCGGUCUGAUCAUAUUCGCAUGGACAUCCUACCCGCGCCUCAUUUGGGUCGGCCCCACGCUCGCCGGCUUCCCCGUCGGCUUCGGUUUCAUCUUCAUCUACAACAGCGCCAACAACUACCUCGUCGACACGUACCAGGACCGCGCGGCGUCUGCGCUCGCCUCUAAGACCUUCAUCCGUUCGCUCUGGGGCGCCAGUGUGGUGCUGUUCACGAGGCAGAUGUAUCAUAAUCUCGGAUACCAGUGGGCUACUUUUAUUAUCUUUGGGAUUAGUCUCGCUUGUUGCGCCAUUCCGUUCCUGUUCUGGAAAUUCGGCGAGAGAAUUCGUCAGCGGAGUAAAUAUGCUUAUGCGGGUGACGACGCGAAUGAGAAGGCCGCGGGCGUUUUCGUCCCGGAGAAGAAAGGCGGCAGUAACGUUUGAGCGAUCGCGAGUGAUCUAGCUCUCGUCAGUAAUCUGGAAGUCAACCGAUAACGGCUGUUCAUGCCGAGCAUUGCUGGACC